CUCGGGCAGGCCCGGAUGGGGCGGGGUUAGCGCCUGCGCUCUGGACGGCUUUGGGGCAGGGCAGGUUUAUAUCUGCGGGGGAUCAGCUGACGCUCCGCAUUGCAGACUGCGGAGUCAGACGGCGCUAUGUACGCCCUUUUCCUCCUGGCCAGCCUCCUGGGCGCGGCUCUAGCCGGCCCGGUCCUUGGACUGAAAGAAUGCACCAGGGGCUCGGCAGUGUGGUGCCAGAAUGUGAAGACGGCGUCCGACUGCGGGGCAGUGAAGCACUGCCUGCAGACCGUUUGGAACAAGCCAACAGUGAAAUCCCUUCCCUGCGACAUAUGCAAAGACGUUGUCACCGCAGCUGGUGAUAUGCUGAAGGACAAUGCCACUGAGGAGGAGAUCCUUGUUUACUUGGAGAAGACCUGUGACUGGCUUCCGAAACCGAACAUGUCUGCUUCGUGCAAGGAGAUAGUGGACUCCUACCUCCCUGUCAUCCUGGACAUCAUUAAAGGAGAAAUGAGCCGUCCUGGGGAGGUGUGCUCUGCUCUCAACCUCUGCGAGUCUCUCCAGAAGCACCUGGCAGAGCUGAAUCACCAGAAGCAGCUGGAGUCCAAUAAGAUCCCAGAGCUGGACAUGACUGAGGUGGUGGCCCCCUUCAUGGCCAACAUCCCUCUCCUCCUCUACCCUCAGGACGGCCCCCGCAGCAAGCCCCAGCCAAAGGAUAAUGGGGACGUUUGCCAGGACUGCAUUCAGAUGGUGACUGACAUCCAGACUGCUGUACGGACCAACUCCACCUUUGUCCAGGCCUUGGUGGAACAUGUCAAGGAGGAGUGUGACCGCCUGGGCCCUGGCAUGGCCGACAUAUGCAAGAACUAUAUCAGCCAGUAUUCUGAAAUUGCUAUCCAGAUGAUGAUGCACAUGCAACCCAAGGAGAUCUGUGCGCUGGUUGGGUUCUGUGAUGAGGUGAAAGAGAUGCCCAUGCAGACUCUGGUCCCCGCCAAAGUGGCCUCCAAGAAUGUCAUCCCUGCCCUGGAACUGGUGGAGCCCAUUAAGAAGCACGAGGUCCCAGCAAAGUCUGAUGUUUACUGUGAGGUGUGUGAAUUCCUGGUGAAGGAGGUGACCAAGCUGAUUGACAACAACAAGACUGAGAAAGAAAUACUCGACGCUUUUGACAAAAUGUGCUCGAAGCUGCCGAAGUCCCUGUCGGAAGAGUGCCAGGAGGUGGUGGACACGUACGGCAGCUCCAUCCUGUCCAUCCUGCUGGAGGAGGUCAGCCCUGAGCUGGUGUGCAGCAUGCUGCACCUCUGCUCUGGCACACGGCUGCCUGCACUGACCGUUCACGUGACUCAGCCAAAGGACGGUGGCUUCUGCGAAGUGUGCAAGAAGCUGGUGGGUUAUUUGGAUCGCAACCUGGAGAAAAACAGCACCAAGCAGGAGAUCCUGGCUGCUCUUGAGAAAGGCUGCAGCUUCCUGCCAGACCCUUACCAGAAGCAGUGUGAUCAGUUUGUGGCAGAGUAUGAGCCCGUGCUGAUCGAGAUCCUGGUGGAGGUGAUGGAUCCUUCCUUCGUGUGCUUGAAGAUUGGAGCCUGCCCCUCGGCCCAUAAGCCCUUGUUGGGAACUGAGAAGUGUGUAUGGGGCCCAAGCUACUGGUGCCAGAACAGAGAGACAGCAGCCCAGUGCAAUGUGAGUAGCUCAGCAGACAGUGUCACCAGCCUGUCUUGCCGUGGGGUAGCCUGUGUGAGAAUCCUGCUUUAAUGGGAACCCAGUGAUCAACUCUCCACCCUGCUUUUAUGUUAUCAGAAAGCUGAGGCCCAGAGAGGUGGUUAGGCUUACUCAUGGUCCCCCAGAAAAGACAGGGUGAACUACACUCUUGCAGUGAAGGGUGGGGUGGAAUUUUUUUUUUUUUUUUUUUAGUAUUUUUUUUGCUUCUGCUUUGUUGCUUUUGUCUUCAUUUCCCUUGUGACAGUGUCAGACUUGUACAAGGUCACUCCAGGGAUUGCACAAGGUCUGUGGGAUUCAUUGCCCAGAGCUUUGCCCAGGUCCUGUCCCCCGGGAACAUGUUUGCCCUUGCUGAAGCCGGGCCCAGGUCCUCACUCAAGGCCCUGAGAGCUGGCACCUGCCCAGCAGCCCUAGGGCACUGUGGCUCUGGCCUGGCCUGGCAGCCACCAGUUGGGUGACUUGUGCUGCUACCCUGGGUGGGGAUGUUUGGUUCGGUCCCUGUUACUUAAUGUUGCUUUGUGCAACUUUUCCUUCCUCACCGGGCUUCCCUGUGACCAUGUCAGUGGCGGUUGUGUCAUUUCGGACCACUGCAGGGAGGGGCAGGGGGCCCCCAUUCUGGCCAUGUCCAGCUCUUUCCUCCAGCUAGGCUCCAGCCUAUCUCCACCGCCAGCCCCACCCCACAGCUGGUUCUGCUGCUGUCCUGGGGAAAUGUGGGCCCGCUUCUCAAGGCCCGAGCUGGUGUGUAGCCUAACUCAGGCAAGGAGGUUCUGCCUGGGAGUUAGUGUGCAGGCUGCUAGCAGGACGCUGGGUGCCGGGUGCAGGUAGAUGAAGCCCUGAGCCCUGCCUGCAUGGGUACUCAUCUGCAAGCUGCUGCAGGCAUCUGCUGCUCUGGACUUGUGCCUUAGAAGUUCCCAAAACUCUGAUGGCCACGUGUUCCCUGUUUUUAAGUGAGAUCCUGUCCUGGGUCUUCAGCAUCUGGUGCCAUCCAGCUGACCUAGGACAAGAGAACAGGUCCUGUUUUGGGGUGAUAUCUGAUACAUUGAUGGGCUGGGAACGGAGUUUUUCAUCCAAAGACUAAACUCAGCUUCCUCUCUCCUACCAGGCUGUCGAGCAUUGCAAACGCCAUGUGUGGAACUAGGAGGAGGAAUAUUCCAUCUUGGCAGAAACCACAGCAUUCGUUUUUUUCUACUUGUGUGUCUGGGGGAAUGAACGCACAGAUCUAUUUGACUUUGUUAUAAAAAUAGGGCUCCCCCACCUCCCCCAUUUCUGUGUCCUUUAUUGUAGCAUUGUUGUCUGCAAGGGAGCCCCUAGCCCCUGGCAGACAUAGCUGCUUCAGUGCCCCUUUUCUCUCUGCUAGAUGGAUGUUGAUGCACUGGAGGUCUUUUAGCCUGCCCUUGCAUGGCGCCUGCUGGAGGAGGAGAGAGCUCUGCUGGCAUGAGCCACAGCUUCUUGACUGGAGGCCAUCAACCCUCUUGGUUGAGGCCUUGUUCUGAGCCCUGACGUGUGCUUGGGCACUGGUGGGCCUGGGCUUCUGAGGUGGCCUCCUGCCCUGAUCAGGGACCCUCCCCCCUUUCCUGGGCCUCUCAGCUGAACAAAGCAGCAAAACAAAGGCAGUUUUACAUGAAAGAUUAGAAGCCUGGAAUAAUCAGGCUUUUUAAAUGAUGUAAUUCCCACUGUAAUAGCAUAGGGAUUUUGGAAGCAGCUGCUGCUGGCUUGGGACAUCAGUGGGGCCAAGGGUUCUCUGUCCCUGGUUCAACUGUAAUUUGGCUUUCCCGUGUCUUUCCUGGUGAUGCCUUGUUUGGGGUUCUGUGGGUUUGGGUGGGAAGGGGGCCAUCUGCCUGAAUGUAACCUGCUAGCUCUCCGAAGGCCCCGCGGGCCUGGCUUGUGUGAGCGUGUGGACAGUGGUGGCCGCGCUGUGCCUGCUCGUGUUGCCUAUGUGUCCCUGGCUGCUGAGGCGCUGCUUCAGCCUGCACCCCUCCCCUGUCUCAUAGAUGCUCCUUUUGACCUUUUCAAAUAAAUAUGGAUGGCGAGCUCCUAGGCCUCUGGCUUCCUGGUAGAGGGCGGCAUGCCGAGGGGUCUGCUGGGUGUGGAUUGGAUGCUGGGGUGUGGGGGUUGGAAGCUGUCUGUGGCCCACUUGGGCACCCACGCUUCUGUCCACUUCUGGUUGCCAGGAGACAGCAAGCAAAGCCAGCAGGACAUGCAGUUGCUAUUAAAUGGAUUUCGUGAUUUUUGUUUUGCACUAAAGUUUCUGUGAUUUAACAAUAAAAUUCUGUUAGCCAGA